AUGGGAGAGGAAGGAGUUAUAGACAAUGCUCCCUUGAUUGAUCACUACUCAUCUUCUGGCGAAGUUUUUGUUAAUGAGUCUUUCAGAAGAACAGGUAACGUGUGGAGCGCGGCGGCGCAUAUAAUAACCGGAGUGAUAGGAGCAGGUGUAUUGUCACUAUCAUGGUCUGUGGCGCAAUUAGGAUGGAUUGCAGGUCCUAUCUGUAUUCUAAUAUUUGCAGCCACUACCUUCAUUUCAACAUACCUUCUUUCUGAUUGUUAUAGAUUUCAGCAUCCUCAACAUGGGAGCAUUAGGUGCUCCUCUUACAUGGAUGCUGUCAAUUUGUACCUUGGAGAAAUAAAGGGAAAGGUGUGUGGAGUGUUGGUGCAUGUGAGCUUAUGUGGUGCUGCAUGUGCCUAUGUCAUUACAUCUGCUACCAGCAUCAGAGCGAUUUUGAAAUCAAAUUGUUACCAUAAGGAAGGGCAUGAAGCACCUUGUGAAUAUGGGGAUGCUAUGUAUAUGUUGCUGUUUGGACUUGUUCAGGUCAUAAUGUCAUUCAUACCAGAUUUCCACAACAUGGCCUUGCUUUCCGUUGUUGCAGCUAUUAUGUCGUUUUCAUACUCAUCUAUUGGACUAGGACUUGGCAUCACAAAAGUUAUAGAAAAUGGAAGAGUUAUGGGGAGUGUAACUGGAAUACCAGCUUCAAAUAUUGCAGAUAAGUUAUGGUUAGUUUUCCAAGCACUUGGUGAUAUUGCUUUUGCCUAUCCAUUCACUUGCAUCCUCCUUGAGAUACAGGAUACUUUAAAGUCUCCUCCAUCAGAAAACAAGACCAUGAAAAAGGCCUCCAUGAUUGCAAUCUUCAUUACAACAUUCUUCUACCUUUGUUGCGCGUGUUUUGGAUACGCAGCUUUUGGAAACCAAACACCUGGAAACCUCUUGACAGGUUUUGGUUUUUACGAACCUUAUUGGCUCAUCGACUUUGCAAAUGCUUGCAUUGUUCUUCAUUUAGUUGGAGGAUAUCAGAUUUAUAGCCAACCGAUAUAUAGUGCCGCUGAUAAAUGGUGUUCGAGAAGAUAUCCCAACAGCGGUUUUGUGAAUAAUUUCUUCAGAUUGGAACUGCCUUUUUUACCGGCUUUUCAGCUAAACAUAUUUCGGAUAUGUUUUAGAACAGGUUAUGUGAUUUCCACAACUGGACUUGCAAUCAUGUUUCCUUACUUCAAUCAAGUUCUAGGAGUGCUCGGAGCAAUAGGAUUUUGGCCAUUGACUGUAUAUUUUCCAGUAGAGAUGUACUUUUUACAGAAUAAAGUUGAAGCUUGGUCUACAAAAUGGAUUCUUCUUAGGAUUUUUAGCUUUGCUUGCUUUUUGAUCACACUAGUGAGUCUUGUUGGAUCACUUGAAGGAAUCAUAAGUCAGAAACUAAGCUGA